UCGUGGGCGGGCAGGGCGGGCAUGGCGGCGCGCUGAGAUGAAAGUGACCGUGUGCUUCGGGCGGACCGGCAUCGUGGUGCCCUGCAAGGACGGGCAGCUCCGCGUGCGGGACCUGACCCAGCAGGCGCUGCAGCGCUACCGCAAGGCCCAGGAGAAGGAUCCAGCUUCCUGGGUAAAUAUUCACCACCUGGAGUAUACAGAUGGAGGAAUCCUGGACCCAGAUGAUGUGCUGGCAGAUGUUGUGGAAGACAAAGAUAAGCUGAUUGCCAUUUAUGAUGAACAAGAAGCUCCCCGUAAGAUUGAUGGCACCAAUGGGAAUUUGACAGACAGAAAUAGCCCAGACUCCUUUGAGACAGAGGUAGCAACUCAGCUGGCUGCCUUUCAGCCCAUUGGUGAGAUUGAAGUGACUCCUUCUGCCCUAAAACUGGGCACACCACUUCUGGUACGGAGGAGCAGUGAUCCAGCCUUGGGUGCACCUGACUUCCCAAGUGCUUCUCAUCCCAGUGACCAUGGUCUCAAGCAUGCUGUGGCAGGUGCUUCCCAGGCAUCCUUUCAGGAUGGGGAGAUGAACCUCACUGGACCCACAGAACUGCUGUUGGCUCAGAGGGCCCGGCUCCCUAGCAGUGAAAUGACAAAAACAGUAGAGAUUUCUGGAGAAGGUGGACCCUUGGGAAUACAUGUAGUGCCCUUUUUUUCAUCCUUGAGUGGAAGGAUGCUGGGACUCUUCAUCCGUGGUAUUGAGGAGAACAGCAGAUCCAGGCGUGAUGGUCUCUUCCAUGAAAAUGAAUGCAUUGUGAAGAUAAACCAUGUGGACCUUACAGAUAAAACCUUUGCACAGGCUCAGGACAUCUUCCGUCAGGCAAUGAAAUUUCAAAGUGUCAUCUUGGAAGUCCUUCCUCCAUAUAACAGAGAACAGUAUGAAAAGUCUGCUAUUGCUCCUCUUUGUAUUCUGAAUAAUGAAGAAGGAGUUACAAAAACAAAAAUUCCACCUCCUCUUCAUCCAAAACCUGCUGUGAAAACAAUUAAUAUUUCUGGAGCAAUCUUGGAGUCAGGAGUACAGGGAGCACUGCAGCAAGCUAAGAGCCCCAACCUCCCACGUCUGGGUAGAAAGCCUUCUUCUCCAUCACUGUCUCCACUUAUGGGCUUUGGUAAUAGGAGAAAUGCAAAGAAAAUAAAGAUAGACCUGAAAAAAGGUCCAGAAGGCCUUGGUUUCACAGUAGUUACCAGAGACUCUUCAGUACAUGGUCCUGGCCCAAUCUUUGUGAAGAAUAUUUUACCAAAAGGUGCAGCAAUAAAGGAUGGUCGUUUGCAGUCUGGAGACAGAAUCCUGGAGGUGAAUGGACGGGACAUCACUGGCAGGACCCAGGAAGAGCUUGUAGCUAUGCUGAGAGGCACAAAGCAAGGCGAGACUGUCUGUCUGAUUGUGGCUCGUCAGGAGGAGGCCUUUCUACCUCGAGAGCUGAAAGGAGAGCCAAACUGCAGUAUUUUUUCUCCAGAAACCACAGAGCAGCUGACCUUUGAGAUUCCUCUGAAUGAUUCUGGCUCUGCUGGACUUGGUGUGAGCUUGAAAGGCAACAAAUCUCGGGAGACAGGAGCUGAUCUUGGGAUUUUCAUCAAAUCAGUUAUUCACGGAGGUGCUGCUUUUAAGGACGGUCGCUUGCGCGUGAACGAUCAGCUGGUUGCCGUCAACGGGGAGUCGCUCCUGGGCAAGUCCAACCACGAGGCCAUGGAAACCCUCAGGCGCUCCAUGUCCAUGGAGGGCAACAUCCGGGGCAGGAUCCAGCUGGUCGUGCUCCGCAGGCUGGAGGUGCACACUGAGGAGCGCUCAGACCAGGGAGUCUUUCAAAAAUCAGCCUUUGAUGGGAGCCAUAACUUCGCAGCUGCUUCCCGACGCAAUGAUACCAUUCUCCAGCAAUUUGUAACGUGCAGUCCUCAGGAAGGAAUAAAAGAGUUUCCAGUUUCUGAUCGUGGCAAUGGUGAAAAUGAAACACCUCCACCUCUCCCACCACAUCCUAGUGAGGAUCUGCUGAAUGAGGAUUAUAAUCACAGCCCUAUCAUAAAUUCAGCAGUGCAUUUAACAGAUCAGCACAUCAACUUCAGAUCUUUGACACCAGCCAAGCAGUCUGAAUCAAUUAAUCUGAAAGCCUCAAAAAGCAUGGAUCUGGAGCUGCAGCUGGUCUUCAAAGUGGCAGAUGAAAGCAAAGUUGGUUUGUUGGCCGGACACAAAUCGGACUCUUCUGGCAAAGAUUUUGGUCCUACUCUGGGAUUAAAGAAGUCCAGUUCUCUCGAGAGUCUUCAGACUGCUGUGGCUGAAGUAAGGAAGAAUGAGCUCCCUUUCCACAGACCCAGGCCUCACGUGGUGCGGGGUCGGGGAUGCAAUGAGAGCUUCCGAGCUGCCAUUGACAAGUCUUACGAUGGACCUGAGGAUGGAGAAGAGGAUGGUGGCUCUGAUAAGAGCUCUCACUGUGGUCAAGAAGCUCAAAAUGUGGAAUCUGCCCCUCCAGGGAACCCUGAAAUAGAAGAUGCAGAAAUCAAAGCAAAAAAAGACAAAAAAAGCAGGGAGAAAGAGAAGAAAAAGGGCAAAUCUAAAAUCAAAGAGAAGAAAAAGAAGGAAGAAAAUGAAGAUCCAGAAAAGAAAAAGAAGAAAGGCUUUGGUGUCAUGUUGAGAUUUGGAAAGAAGAAAGAAGAUAAAAGUGGCAAGGCAGAUCAGAAGGGGACUCCAAAGCAAGGCAUGCUUAGAGAGGAGGAGCUGGAGAAAAUGAAAGAUGAGCGUGAAAGGAUUGGUGCAAAGCAUCAGGAGUUACGGCAAAAGCAGCUGAGAGGCCUGAGUGAUUUUUCUGCUGGUCCUGGAGGACCUGACAUUGAUGAUGAUGAGGUGGAUCCAAACUAUGCCAGAGUGAACCACUUCCGAGAGGCUUAUCAUCCAGGAAGCAUCUACAGACCCUCCUCACCAGCAGUAGGAGAAACCUUUGUUUAUCUGAGGGAUUCUUCCUCAGCGCCAAUGGAGAGGGAGCACUUGGAAGGACUGUAUGCAAAAAUAAACAAGCAGCACUACCCACAGACUUCUGGUGACAGUGGCUGCACGGGUGGCGGGAACGCCGACCGGAUCCAGCGGCUGCGGAAGGAGUACCAGCAGGCACGGCGGGAGGGCUUGCCCUUCUACGAGGAGGACGAGGGAAGGACGCAGCUGCCCGACUACGACCAGCGCUGGGUGCCUGGAAAAGGUCCAGAUGGGAGCUCCUACAGUCUUCACUUCGAGGGGGUGGAAAGGCAGUAUGCAUCCUUACCCAGGCGUGGACCUGCAGAGCCACUAGAAUAUUUAACAGGGCCACGAGUAACGUACAAAGAGAGAGAUCUUCCCUACUACCACGGAGGACAGCCUGUUAUCCACCCAUCCAAGGGGAACUACAUCCGUGUGCCGGACACAAGAGUGGCAGAACUGAGGUACCCUCAGUAUUACCCAGGCCAGCCCAUGGCAAACCAGCAUAAAGGACCCCUCCGGCAGGACGUGCCGCCUUCCCCUCCGCAGUCCCACCGAGCACCAGCCUACAGUGAAAUGCUCCGACACCGUGGGACCAGUCCAGACCAGUACCAGUACAGGCAGCAGGAUCCCAGGCAGAAGAACCCCAUGACUGCAGCUGUGUAGCCGUGCACUGGACUUGGGCACAGCAUCCUUGUAGAGUUGUUCCUAAGCGUAGCUGCCUGUAAGAAUGGCACACGAGACCUGGAGUCGUUCUUACUGAGCUGGGCUCAGCCUAGGUGCUUUCUAACAGGCGAACUAAAGCCACGUGAGGUACGAUGUGUUUUGAGUAUGUGAGGUACCAGACUGUGGAGUGUUUUUUAAUUCCUUUUAAAAAUAGAAAGUGGCUGCUGGGAAUGAAACACAACACUUAAUACACCUCAGGGCUAUUUACUGAAUCCAGUUACACCUUUACAGUACAUAGCUGUCUGUGUAAGGGCAGCAGAGUCACCAGAGUUUACUUUAGAGUGCUGUUGUAGAGCCUUUUAAGUGAGAACACAGCAUGCAGUAUGGACUUCUUGCAGAGCUGGGCAUCUUGUGUAUCUAGUGUGUGAUCAUGACAAGGGACUGCCACAGAGAUAGUGGCCAUAUUCCAGGCACGUCCUGACCAACAGCUCUGUUUAAAGGAUGCUGCAGUUUCAGAUCUGUGAUCUGGCCUCUGUCUUCCUCUGUCUUUUUGGUGGUGGCAGCAUUUAUCUUGUAGCCUUCAUUUUUUGCAGUCUGAAUAUCAAGAGUCUUCUCUUACUGCACCUGCUGCAGUUGGAGUAGGGUAAAAAGCCUUAUCCCCUAUGCUUGGGCAGGCUCUCAGAGAACAGGUAUCCACCUGAGAACUGUCUGUAGAGGGGGGAGUGCGUGCUUGUGAGUGUGGUUAGUUCUACAGUGUACAGUCUUUAAAUGUAAACCCUGGAGACCAGAUCCUCAGCUGCUGUCAGGAAGUGUCAUUUGAGGGGUUUCAGUGGAGCUGGCCUAUAAGGAAGUGACCAGGGAGGUGACUGUGGGCAUGGACUCCAUAAUUCAUAUUAAGUUACUGUGUCAGGCUCUGCCUUGGCUCCAUCAAGGCAGCCCAUUCCUGGCCCACUCCAGGCAGUGUUGGAGCCAAGUGCCUGCCAGCACCGUGUCUGCCUUGGGCAGCACCGGGCCCCACCGUGUCAAGUGCCAAACUACUCGAGUUCCUGCAACCAGAGGCCAUGAGGUCAGUGGGGAAAGGCGCUUUUCACAGCAAGGGAAAAGACAAGGAAAGUAACAGGAAGGGCUUCAAGACCCUGGGGCCCAGGAGGAAGAUGUGAGAAUAGCUGUUUGUAGCAAGUUAUUUGCAGCUGUGCAUAGGAAGAGAGAAGGUGUGGAUGGGGAGGGUGUCAGGAGCACAUCAGAGCCGUGGUGGGGUGACAGGGUGGUGGGGUACAUGCUCAGUCCUUUGCCCCCAAACAGCCUGAGUUUGCUCUGCAGCCAGAAAUGUGUGUCCCCAGCCACAGGGACCUUUGUAUCCUGACCCAAGAGGGCUCUGAGCGCUUAGAGAUCUGUCUCAAGGAUUUUGUCAGGAGGAAACCAUGCAGUAUUGCGACCUAGAAAUACGUUAUUUCCAAGUGUCCUUAAUUCCUCAACUUCUGCCUUUUGGAAGUGUCACUAAACCACUCAGCCUCCUCUCCUCAUCAGGAAAAGACUGUGACCUGGCCAAGGAUUAAGCAUAACGAUUUCUCUGAUGUCAUUUUGACACCUUUGGUAUGCAACAUAUUAAAUCACAUAGAUCACUUCUCAGGUGUUAAAUACCAUCAGGAAGGUUUGUUCUGAUAGGAGUGUGUCCUGCUAGCAGGUAAUGGCCCUGAUGAGAAGAAGCAUUUAAUCCCAGCCUACUUUCUUCUCUGCUGAUGGUGCUGGUUAGAACCCUCAGGCACAGGGAGCACUUGCAGCUGCCUGAGUGGCUGGCAGGCUCCAGUGCUUGCAUUCCCACCAGCCUCCACCCACCAGCAGGCUGGGAAGCAGGAGAGAGGAGACAGCUUUCCAUGGCAGGGGAGCACCUCCGUGAUUCAGACAGAGGGCUGGACUCCCUGGGGCAGGGGCAGGCACAGCUCUAAAUCCAGUCAGGAGGAAGCAUUGGUGGGAGGGAGAGAGGAAGAGGAAUGCAACUGAUUAUGAAGCAAGGGUGUUUGGUUCUUAUUCCAUUUCUUUCUGCCCUCUUCCCUAGUAAUGUAGGAGGGAAAAACCUCUGGAGGGAGUGUUGGUUGUAAAGCUGGAUGUCUCUCAGUACCCUCCAUAAAUAAGGCGUAUUCCCCAAGGAAACUGUGCCUGUCAUGUACGUGCUCUGCACAGCCCUGUACUUCUCUCAGAAAGCUUUAGAUGCUGUAGGAUACUCAGCCAGGACUUGGCAGCCACAGGAUAGCCGCUGGUGUUAUAAAGGCCUGUUGAAAUUGAAGCAAAAACAAAUUAAAAUACUUUCCUUUCCCUCCUUGAAAUAUAACCCCUGAUACAUUUGAUCCAGCUGCAAAGAAACUAAUGUUUGUGACAGUGGCUUUAUCAAGCCAGGCCACAAUUAAGAACAGCUCUGAAUAUAAGCUACUGCCUUUGUAAAUCACUCUCAACUAACCCUUCAAAUGGCAUCACAGCACAGUGAACAGAACUUAUUUACAGUAUUUCAUGAGCCAGGGCCAAAUAAAAUCUGGAUGGAAACAGCUCCUAGAUUAUUUAUAGCCUUUGAGGGACCUGCCCAAUGUCUCCUCGUAACCUGAAUCUUUCCUUAAGAGCUCCCCUUGACUGCAUCGGCUCCACUCAGUUGAGGCAGACAAAUCAAACAAACACCUUCUGAGCUGUUAAUCUUGCCUUACCCAACAGGUUAUUAAAUGAUGCUUCUGCUCAGUAAGCAGAAAUCAGUAGAGAGCUUCUUCCAAUCAAAAAAAAAAAAAGUAUAAUAUAUGGAUGCAUCCUACACAUAAGGAGCUAAGGAGGAAAAACAGUGUGACCUAACAGGGGGAGCAAGACCAAAAAGUAUUACAGAGCAUCUCAUCAAUCUCUGGUGCCAUUGUUCUGGGAGAAAAUUGCCAUUUCCUGAUUUAAUAUCUGGUAGAGGUACAGUAUUUUCAAAAGUAUAAUGUGUAACUACAGUAUAUAUAGUCAGCUUUUCUGCAGUAUAAAAUGUAUGAUUUUAGCACCAUAUUGUGGAAAAAUAUGUACCGUGCAGAAUUCACGAGGUGCUACAACUGACGGUUGAAAAUACACACUUGCAAAAUCCAAAAGAGCCGUUAAGUAACAAGUUGUUCUUUUCCCAUAUGUCCAUAUGUUUGGGAAAAUUACGAGUCUGAAAUGCUCUUGACACGUAAUUGCCUCGCACUCCCUCAUCCAAAAUGUGCCAGUCCAGCAGUAGAGUUACUGACGUAGUGGGUGUGAAGGGAGAGUUGGGUUUGCCAUGGGAGCAGCCCUAAGUGUGUGUGUGUGUGAACAGGCAUCAAGACCGAGGGAGAGAGGCCCGCACUCACGUGAAGCUGAAGCUUUGAUUUCCUGAGCUGGUGGCGUGCAGCCUGCGUUUCUGGCUCUGGCACAGCGCCAGCCAGGCCCAGCAGUUGAAAGAUUAAGAGAUAGAAAAAGAGCCUGUGGAUUUUCUGAGUGACCACCCACUAGUGAGCCGUGAUCUUGGCCUGUGAGCCGACAUUACCACUGUGAUAUAUUAUGAUGCAGAAGUCUCUAGGCACCCCUCAAAUGCAUAAAGAAACAUCAACUGCCCUUUGUGGGGGAAACUAAGCAUAGAGAAGAAAAAAAAAAAGGCUCUUGCCUUGAAAAAGUGCAUACAGUCCUGAAUUCCAAUUCACUCCAGCUUCCUGAUCUAGAAAUAGCUUCACAUGCUGCCUAAUUUUUUUACGGAUGAAUUGUGCUACCUCUUCCUCCCAGCCAUCACAGAUUUGUUUAUCAGAGUUAGUGCUGUGAGUGAAUCCUAGCGACUGCUCUGCCAGAGCCACAUCCUGACACUGCUCUGAGCAGGGGCUGCUUUGCACUUUCAAAGGAACCCACACCUGUGCUCCCCACCACAGUUGUCCUGCAGGGUCCUUAAGCCUUACAUGCAAAAUCAGAAGUGCUAUUCACUAUCUCUGCUUAGGAAAGAAGGCUUUGUGAGACACUAUUGUAUUACUGUGAGGGAGAGAGAGGUACUUGUGAUCUUGACAAUAUCUGUGUGUUUAAGUGAAACUGAUUUAAAAAUCAUGUGUGAUUGUUUUGGGGGAGAAAUUCAACAUGUAAUUUGACAGGUUUUUUCUAGUACCACAUCAAAGAUUUUGAUCUUUUGUUACAUAUGGCUAUAUAAAUUUUACCUGGUUUAUUUUGCAUUAAAAUAAAGGCUUUAAGACUAUAUAUGGUUA